UGCGGUCGUGCAUUCGCGAUUGUUGACGUUUGUGUUGGUUGCGCGGGGGUGGUGAUUGGAAUACAAUUACUCCCUUUACUUGCAUCACAUGACGACGUUCAGCGCGUUCUCAAGAGAGAGUACUCGCCACCUAUCGUUUCCUUCACGUUUGCCGCGGGGCGUUCCCGUACGCGAACGAAAAUGAAAGUGGUUCACUUGCGCUCAGUCUAGCUGCGAGUCUGUACGGGGGAGGACCCGUCUCGUUAGGUUAGGCAGGAAGGGAGCAGUUGAGUGAGAGAGAUAUCCCUUUGGAAACUGAUGUGAUAGAGGUCAUCUCAGACUUCCACUGUGAAAAUUGUGAUUAUUGUGAACGCAAGCCACAUUGACAAUCAUGCCUGCUGCAGAUGCUGAUUACCAGACAUUCUCUGUGGUGGACUCAUCUCGUGUCUCCACCUUUGUCAUCUCCAUCCUGCUCAUCGUAUAUGGCUCAUUCAGGUCGCUCAACAUGGAGAAGGAGGCACAGGAGCAGGAGGUGAAGGACAAGGAGAAGGCCAAGAGCCUCGGUGCGGAGUACAACUGCACCGGCACCCAGGAGCAAAAUGUGCACACGCUGGACACAAUGCACGCGCUCUGUCUUCCUCUGGGCGCGUCCGCCUCGUUGCUUGUCAUGUUUUUCUUCUUCGACUCGAUGCAGCUGCUGUUCGCCAUCUGCACCGCAGUGAUCGCCACCGUGGCGCUGGCCUUUCUACUGCUGCCCAUGUGCCAGUACAUGAUCGGCUCGUGCUCCGACGGCACCAAGAUCUCGUUCGGCAUCUGCGGACGCUACACCAGCGCUGAGAUCGUCUCGCUGGGCAUCUCGGUCACCAUCGUCUGCGUGUGGAUCCUCACCGGCCACUGGCUGCUCAUGGAUGCCAUGGGUAUGGGCCUGUGUGUGGCCUUCAUCGCCUUCGUGCGGCUGCCGUCGCUCAAGGUGUCCACACUGCUGCUGAUGGGCCUGCUCAUCUACGAUGUCUUCUGGGUCUUCUUCUCGCCGUACAUCUUCAGCGCUAAUGUCAUGGUCAAGGUGGCCACCCGGUCGGCCGACAAUCCGGUCGGCAUCAUGGCCAAGAAGCUGCACCUGAACAGCAUGAUGCGUGAGGCGCCGAAGCUGUCGCUGCCGGGGAAGCUGGUGUUCCCGAGCAUGCGGAGCACCGGUCACUUCUCCAUGCUGGGCCUCGGAGACAUCGUAAUGCCCGGCCUGCUGCUCUGUUUCGUAAUGCGUUACGACGCCUACAAGAAGGCGCAGGUGCUGCUCUCUGCGGACACGGGCAUCCCGGCCAACGGUCACCUGCAGAAGAUCACGUACUUUCACUGUUCGCUGAUCGGCUACUUCCUGGGCCUGGUGACGGCCACCGUGUCGUCAGAGGUGUUCCGGGCCGCCCAGCCGGCGCUGCUCUACCUGGUGCCGUUCACGCUGCUGCCGCUGCUCACCAUGGCCUAUCUCAAGGGUGACCUGCGGCGAAUGUGGAGCGAGCCGUUCAUGACGUACACCCCGCCCAAGCAGCUGGACGUGUGACGCUGCAGCCAUCUGUCGGCAUGAAUCAGAACCACAAGUCCUCCAGCGGCGGCGCUGCCGUCGGCCCGCCACCCGGCCGCCAGGACUGUCUAGUCUCCCCCGUGCGCCGCACGUGUGACGCCACACAUGGGGGCGACGUGUCGCCACAGGUCUGCGAGGGACUGGAGGUGCGCGGCGCCGUGUUGGAGGGCGCCGGCACCACCGGCGUCACCACCACUCAUCCGCACGUACCGCUCAUCCAUCCGUGUUGUCCGCUGUCCGUCUGCCGGGUCCGUGUCCCUUCAUUUGGUGUCGAACGGCCGGCCGCAGCCGCCAGCGAACAAACCUAGUCUUUCUCCGUAGAUUUAUUGUUCCCUUCACUUGCAUGUGUUGCAAUAUGGGCUGCCGCGGCGCGCCGGCCAUCACGGGAAGCCUGUUGCGGGCAGGCGGCCGGUGGCCCAGUGCUCCGCUGUACGGAAGCCGCGCGACGAGAUUGUAUUUUAUAGUGUGCCAUGGACAUGCAUGAAAUGUUCACGACUGGCCUGUGUUGAUGGACGCGUGAAUGCUGCAUACGGGAAGUCAGAUCUGUGGUCGAAGCUGUUUUUGUAAUCAGUACAUGUUUUUUAAAUGCU